AUGUCUCAAGGCCACGCGGACCAGCAUUUGCAAAUUCUAAUCCUGACCAUAUCGUCUCCGCAAAAUUCUUUACCUGUAUUGGACGUUAUUGUAUCCUCAUACGACAUCACCUACCGUUUGGAGCCUGCUGGCUUAUACUCGGUUAUUGACAUGUCCGACGUCGGCACCGAGGAAGAACGCUUCUACACCGCGAACAAUACCCGCAACGAGAGCUUCGCUUCCGAAUUCCUCAGUCCUCAUGAUACCUCCAAACCCUCCGAGUAUGUCCUCUUCACGGGUCGCCCUUCUCUGAACAUCGCCAUUCAGUCAUCUCAGAACGAAGGAGUAGGCCGUCACUGGUUCGAUAAGCAACGGAAAACAUUCAACCUGACUCCUCGGCCGAGAAACACGAUUCUAUGCAGCCUCAUAUGCAAUGGCCAACCUGAGGACUGCGUCUAG